AUGGAGUCCCUGUCCGACAAUGGAGCGGGCUUCAUCGGGUUGGCAGAUUCUUUUUGCAAUGACAGUCCGCCGCGGGUGACGCAGCAGAGCAUGGCGCACCCUGAGAGCAUGCCACCGGCCAUGGGCUCGACCCGGUCGAGCGAUCAGGGCGGGCGCUCUCGCGGCCACUCGAACGGCGGCGGACGUAAUUCUACGGGCACUCGACUGGAUGCUCGCUCGCACAUUUGCUUUGAGUUCUGCAAGGGCCUCUGCAGGAGAGGCGCGCGGUGCAAGUUCUCCCACGACAUUGCGACCAUAGUGGCUGUCAACAGCCAGUACCGCGGCGUGUGCUUCGACUUCGCGCGCGGCGAGUGCACCCGCGGGGUCCUGUGCAAGUUCUCGCACGACCCCGGGGUGAUCGCGCACGCGCUGGCCGGGCAGGCGGCGGCCGCGCAGCCUGGCCCGGCGCAGCCUCCCGCAGGCAUCCCCGCGCCGCAGCACGACGCGGCGCAGGCGCAGGCGCGGCGCCGCGGCGCCCCCGUGCAGGUCUGCGUGGACUUCCUCAGCGGGCACUGCAACAACGGCACCGCGUGCCGGCUGUCGCACGACCUGCGCCUGGUGCAGGCGCUGGCCAUGGCCAACGCCCCGCACGUCCACCAGGAGGAGGCCAUCCGGCAGAUGCAGCUCUCCGCGCAGCAGAGCCAGCAGGAGUUCCAGGCGCGGCAGCACUCGAUGCAGCAGGCGCGGCAGCUCUACGCCCUGCAGGCGCAGCUGCAGGGGCUGCUCGCCAAUGGGCAGCAGGCCCCCGAGAACCUCUUCUCCAUCCUCUCGCCCGUCCACCUCGGCCCGGACGGCCAGGUCCUCGCCGGCCAGCAGGCGCCCCCGCCUCUCAAGGACCACAUCCAGAACGGCGCCGUGCACGCGGUGCCCGACGCCACCGCCGCGCAGGCGCAGUACUGGUCGAUGCCGGAGUACCAGUACCUCAUGCCCGCGCCCAGCGCCGGGACGGACAUCCUCGCGCAGCGCGUCGCCGCGAACGCCGCGGCGGGCAUGGGGGCGCCGCCCAUGUGGGGCCACGCGCACGGCGCGUCGGGGGCGUCGGGGCGCACCUCGGGCGGCUCCGGCGAGCUGUACGGGAAGACGCUGCAGGCCGCGCUCGCCGAGAACCACAUGGCGCGCGGGUCGUCCGAGGGCGGCGCGGACAGCCACACCAGCGCGGGGAGCACGGCCGCGGCCCGCUCGACCACGCAGCGCGUGCGGCCCGCGGGGUCGGGCGGGCGCACGCCGCAGAUGUUCGGCGUGGGCACGGUGCGCAGCGCGGAGGAGUGGCGGUACAUGAUGGGCGGCAACCACCCGACGCCGCUGCAGGCGCCCGUGCCGGUGCUGUCCGAGGGCCAGGGCGCCCCGGACGGGUCCGACGUGCUGUCGAUGCGGCUCGCGUCGACGCGGCUGAGCGACGAGCAGCAGCAGUGA